AUGGAAAGACACAAAGAAGGAGUUCUACUGAACCUAUACUCUUCCCAAUUGAAUCUUAUUGAUGGGAUCAACAAGGAAAAUGAAAAAUGCUGUUGUGAAGCCUCUUGGAUUGUUGACGCUUCGUUCCCAUCAAGGACACCACCGCGAACGAUGCCACACACAACCGCAAAGACAGCGAGCAACCUCUUCACUCAGUGGACGUGUGGCUACGUCCACUUAUUCGACGAAUAG